AUGACUUCCAAACCAACCAUCCUUCUCAUCGGCGGCGGCUGGCAUUUCCCAAUCAGCUACUCCAAGCUCACCCAAGCCCUCGAAACCGCCGGCUACGAAGUCCACGUCCCUCUCCACCCCUCCAUGAACGGCGCCCGUCCUCCCACCGCUUCCCUCGCCGAAGACACAGCUGCUACACGCACAUACGCGGUUAAUCUUAUCGAAAAAGGCCACACCAUCGCGGCCCUCAUGCAUUCCUACGGCGGCCAAGUGGGCACCAACGCUCUCCACGGUCUCGGCACCACAUCUCGUGCCUCCCAAGGCCUUACUGGGGGAGUCUCGCAUCUCAUCUACAUGACGGCCUUCGCGCUGCCAGAAAACGGGUCUAUGGCCGGCAAGGUCGAGGAGAUGGGAGAUUCGGCGCUGAUGCCUUUAGCGUUUGAUUUCGCGGAUGACAAAACGGUCGUUAGUCGCGAUCCGAAGAUGUUAAUCGUCGGCCCUGGGGACGAGGAGGAGAUUGAGGCGUAUGUGAGUACGUUUGGGAGGUGGAAUGGUCAGGCUAUGUAUGAUACGAUUGAGAGGUGUGCGUGGAGGGAGAUUCCGGUUAGUUUUGUGGUUACGACGAUGGAUAUGACGGUGCCGGUUACGUAUCAGAGGAGCAUGAUUGAGUAUAUAAGGGGAGAGGGGGUGCAGGUGGGGGUUUUUGAGGUUGAGACGGGACAUUGUCCCGGGUUGACGGGGACGGGGGAGGUUGUGGGGUUUGUGGGGGAGAUUUUGGGGAGGUAG